AUGGACAUUUCUUUUUUAAUCUUCGAUCCCAAUAAGAAACCAGAUAAUUCUCAACUGCCUACUUCUCGAGAAAAUAAGAUUCAGUCUGACCAAAAUAGAGACCCUUCUGUCACUAACAAUUCAAAUUCAGUAGAGCCUGAUGAUCAAAAUCAAAGCUUAAAUCAGAAUAUUAUAAGCGGAGAUUCUACUCCAAAACAACCACAUACACCAGCUAAUUCAACACAAAGUUCUAAAGUAAUAUCCCAACAAUUACCGUGGGAUCCAAAAUUCUGUAGAACAAUUGACUUUCAAGCUAGUCAAACAGGUUUUGAUGAUCAACUGCAAGAUUAUGACCAAAUAUUAGGUCCUUCUGAUUUUUUUCUGCCUUCCAAGAGAGAGAAGCGUGUCAAAAAAUAUCUUCUGGGAAAGUUUCAUACCGUUUCGGAAUUAACGGGUUACUUGAAGGAUAAAUUUAAUCAAAAAGUAUUACAAUUAAAUAUAAUUGCUACUAUACCGUUCAAUGAUUUCAAUCUUGGUUUUAAUCCUUCGGUUCAAGAAAUUUUGAAUACAUUUUCCUUUCUUUUUGAUCAAAUUGAAACACAUUUAAAAAUUAAAUUAAUUUCUAAUGAAUUUAAAGAUAAUUUAGAUAAAGAAAAUUCUAAAUAUAUUUCAGUUUUAAAGUUUUGUAAAGAUGAUAUUCAAAUAUCAGAUGGUUAUAAUAACAAUCAUAUCGUAAAAAAGCCGAAAUUAAAUGGCAUGGAUAAUUAUUCCACAUCUCAGCAUAUUGGCACUACUGCUGAAACUUCAGGAAAUCCCAUUCGAUUUGAUUGCAAAUCGAAUUUCAUAUUAGAAUCUAAUACUGAUUUUGGAUUCAUUCAACUUACAAUGAAACAUGAUGAACAUAUUCCUUAUCAUCCACUAAAUAUACCUGAAGGAUUAAAUAGUUUUAUACGAAGUCAUUAUUUGUUACUUCGAAGUGAACUAAUCAAUAAUUUAAAAAAAAAUAACGAAUAUAAUCGAUUUAUAACUACUUAUAAAGAGCGAGCACGUUCAUAUAUUGAAAAUGUAUGGGCUGAUGAAACUGCUUCUACUUGGCGUCGUCAUAAAGUUGCAUUUCUUAGUGCUAUAGAUUUGAUAAGCACAUCCAAAUGGAGUAAUUAUAUUCAAAGAAUAACACUUCCUUCUUCAUUAAUUAAUAACUCUUCGUAUGUUUCAUUUGAAUUUAAAUAUCCAGGGUUUGAUAAGAUAUUUUUUGGAUCUGCAGCGUUAACUAGUGUCCAGAAUAUUAGUAAAACUUUUAAUAACUGUCAUAUUGUAGUUGGAGAUUAUAAGGGCCGCGAAUUUCCUAUUGCAGUUUUAUUUCUUGCCAUUGAAGAUACCUCACAAUGUAUCAUUGAAAGUUUUUUAGAGGUUCUUAAAGUGAAAGGUUAUACUUUUAACUAUAUCACUACUGAUCUGCAACUAAUACAUCGUAAUGCAAUUGAUAAAAUAUUUGGUUCUAAUACUGCUCAACUUUGUUUAUGGAAUGUGUUAAAGACUAUUCGUGAAGUACCAAGUUGGGAUGAAUACAAAGUUUUACUUCAAGAAAAGAAAGCCACUAAUUAUUUACGAAGAUAUCCAUUUUAUUCUCAAAAUUAUGAUAAAUGUAUUGUACCAUAUUUGAAUAGUUUUAUGUGUCCAUCAGUAGAAGAAAUUGAAAUUGUUCAAAAUUUAAUGAGACAAGUUUCAAAAAUACAUAAAUAUUUUUUUAAUGAAAUAAAUUUUGAAAAUGAAAAAAUAUAUUUAAAAUUUGUUGAAGAUGUAUUUAACGAGUUAAUCCUUAAAAGGAAACAAAUCAAAUAUUUUUUUUAUUUAUGGUCUACAUUCAUUCAACCGUCAAGAUUUAAGUUAUGGGUGAAGAUGUCACAUGAAAAUAUUUUCCCUCUACGGAAUACUAAUUUAAUAAUUGAUUUAUUUUUUCAUAAAUUAGAACAUAUUUAUCCUAAGAGGCCAAGUUCUGUUCGAAUUGAUACUGUAAUUUAUGUUAUGAUUGAAACAUUAAUUGAUAAAUAUAUUCCAAAGAUUAAACUAUAUUCCACUGUAACAAAUUUACAUAUCAAAGAGAUGACUAAUCUAAUUAAUAAAUUUAAAAUUCAAAUAUAUGAUAAAAUUAAUAAUAUUUCUACUAAAAUUAACUCCACUAUUAAAAAAAAUAAUUUGAAAACUACUGAUAAGAAUAAAUGGAAUCAAAGCGUAUUAUAUGCAAAACCUAGUCUUGAAGAUUUAGGUAUAAGUGAAGAAAGUGAAAAUACUAAUCAACACGUAGAGAUUGUAAUUGAUAUAAAUUCAAGUAGUCAACGAUUUUCUGAAUUAUCAAUGAAUUCUGAAGAAUAUGGUGAUGCAUUUGAUAUUGAAGAGAUGCGGUUCUCAAAAGAUCUUGAAUUAUAUAAUAAAUUGAUUGAAACCAAAGAUGAACUUUUUAAUGAAGUGACAAGAGAUUUUACAAAUCUUUGCUGCUCAUGUAAUCGACAACAAGAUAAUAUCUACUUGUUAUGUAUCCAUUUAGUGUAUGAUUUCUUACGGAAAUAUAAUUGGAAAUAUUGGGACAAGCUAGUAACGGAGACCUAUUAUUGUUAUACUUUCCCUGUAGUUCGAAAUCGAUUUAUGGAAUGUGAUGGGAAUGGCUUUAGCAAGAAUAUUGUUGAAACGGAAAAGGAAAUAAAACCGGAAGUGGAAGCCGAUAUUAUAUCGGAAAAGGAAAUGAUAACGGAAGAAAAAAUGAAAACGGAAACAAAAGCGGCUAAUGAAAAAUAUGUAGAAACCCUUCCUGAACAAAGGGAAACAAAUAGGGAAAAUAAGACUGGUAUUGAUCAAAUCAGAAUAGAAAAUGAACAAAUGAUUCGUAUCUUUAAUGAAUUAUCUAAGCUUUCUAAUGAAAUCCGAAAUUCGUUCCUUACGUUUAUACAAGAAGAUUUCAAUUACAAUUCUAUUAAAGUAUCGAAAUAUUAUAUGAUCUUAAAAAAAUUAAUUCAAGAGAUCGAAGCAGGUAAAUUUAAAGUUACUAUGGAUAGACCUGAUUGGAUUCCCCUUGAAUUUUGGAAUACGAGCGUUGAGAUUAUAAAAAGUUACGAGAAUAUUUAA